AUGAAUGAUAAUAACCCUGAUGGUGGAUUAGCCAUCGAUUCCUUUGAAUUGGAAGAUAAAUUAUCAAAGAUCAGAUCUCAGAUUAAUUCGAAACUUGAGAACCAAAAACAUUUGGCAAUAAUAUUAUCGGCUGUUGAAGAGAACAUUGAAGAACAAAAGAAUGAUAAAACACCAGUUGCCUACUUUGUAUCGUUUUUAUCUUUAUUAGAUCAAUGUAUUUCAAAUGAUCAAAUACUUGAUAGCAAUUUGGCUGCAACAACCGCAUAUUUCUUGGACCUUGUUUUCCCAUUUACUCCAACACCGUUAUUGAGAUCAAAGUUCAAUCAAAUAUUAGCAAAAUUGGCCCAACCAUUAACAUUAGAAAAUGCCGAAGCAGCUUUAGUUAGAUCUACCAUUGGAGCAUUAGAGAGUUUACUUUUAGCACAAGAUGGAUCAUCAUGGAGUUCCAAAGGUCAAGUUUCUCCGAAAAGAGCAUUUUUGGCAUUAUUGGAGACCUCUUUUGACCCAAGACCAAAAGUCAGAAAGAGAGCUCAAGAGGCUGUAAGCAAAAUAUUGUCUAACCCUCCUGCUUCUCCAUCACCAACACACGUGGCAGCACCUUUAGCAGCAGAUGCUGCAUUAACUCAGUUGUCAAAUCUAUUAAAUACUUACAAAACACAGAAGAAGAACAAAGAAGUAAAUUCUCAAAUUAUCCAUGUUUUGCAAUUAAUCAAAAUGAUUACUUCAACCAAUUCUUGGCCAGUUAAUAAAAUUGAAGAGUUGUGUGAUAUUUUGUUGGAGAUUUCAAAGACUUCUGAUCAAUUUUUGGUUUCUUCUGCCUUUGGUGCCUUUGAAGGAUUAUUUCAAUCAAUGACAGAUGUUAUCGAUGUUGAGAAAUUUACUCGGGUUUUGAAUGUUAUUUUUGAUUUGAAACCAUCCAUCAAUGAUACACAUUUGGCUGCUUCUUGGUUGGCGGUUGUUGCCAAAGCUUUAGAGAGUUUUGCCUUGUUAUCUGCAGAAUCCUGUGUUACCAAAUUACCUACUGUGUUACCUAUUGUUUCAUCAUACUUGGCAUCUGAAUCAAAGGAUAUUUAUAGUAGUGCUUCACAGUGCCUUAUUGCUAUUGUUUCUCAAUCAAUUCCAGAUAAAUUCUUGUUGCAGCCAUCUGCAACAAAUGGAAUCACGAGCGAGAUUUAUGAAGCAGUUGAUGACACCAUAACAUACAUUAACAAGAUGAUUGAAGAGAUUUUAUUUUCAAUAAAGUAUCAAAAUGCUACUAAGGAAAUUUUGGAAUUUACCACCGCUACCAUUUUGAAAUUGAGAAGUAGAGCCAAUCCUGAUUUCCUUGGUGUGUUGAAAAAUGUAGGUGAUUUGAGAACAAACGAAACUGAUAAUUUCCCUUACAAUAAAGAAGCAGAAGAUGUCAUCGCUGCAUCAAUUUCAUCUAUGGGGCCCGAAGUUGUUCUAAGUGUGUUGCCAUUGAAUUUGACUGGUGAAAAUGGUGGUCCUGGUAGAGCUUGGUUAUUGCCAAUCUUAAGAGAUAAUGUGAGGUUUGCUGAAUUGGACUUUUACAAGAAUUCUAUUUUGCCAAAUAUCGAGUUUUUCAACUCGAAAAUUGAACAAUCCGAUAACAAAGAGUCUAUUAACAGCAAGAUUUUUCAAACAAUUGUGGAUCAAAUUUGGUCUUUGUUGCCGCACUUUUGUGAUUUGCCAAAGGAUUUAACUUCUGCUUUUGAUGAAGCUUUUGCAACUAAACUCUCGGAUUUAAUGUUUGCCAAAGUUGAGUUGAGAGUUCCAAUUUGUCAUGCAUGGAGACUAUUAGUUGAAUCAAAUGUUGCCUACCGUGAUGGUGCGUUAGACGAAGAUUUGUUGAUGCAACAAGAGUUCCCAAAGGAGGAAGCACGUAAAAAUGUUGAAUAUUUAAGUACCAUUGCUGGUAACAUUUUAACUGUCUUGUUUAAUGUUUUCACUUAUACAGUAGCAGAUUCUAGAGGAUUUGUUUUGGAGACUAUUGAAACCUACUUGAAUAUCACACCAAAAGAUGAAUUAGCCACCACAUUUGAUAAAGUAUGUGGAAUGUUAAAACAAGCUAUGGAUGAAGAAGCAGGUCAAACUUCUCAGCAGCAAAGCAAAACGGAAAUUCCAAGCACUAGUAUUACCAUGAUGGAUUUGAUUGUAGCCAUGGCUAAAUACGUUCCAGAAUCUUCUCAUAACGCCUUGUUUUCUAUUUUUGUUGCUACCGUUUCUUUGGCAAAAAAUCCAUUAAUGCAAAAAAGGGCUUAUCGAAUUAUUUCAAGAAUGGCAGAAACUGAAACUGGUAAACAAUCAAUUUUGAAAUUUAUAGGGGAGAUUGAAAGAGUGUUAAUUGAAACAAUAGAACAAACACACAAUUCAGCAAGAUCAUCAAGACUUAACGCAAUAUUAUUAGUUUUAGAAUUGUUACCAUCUACUGAUUUAUAUUUUAUCCCAUCUAUUUUGCAAGAAAUCAUCAUGGCAACCAAAGAUGUUAAUGAAAGAUCAAGAGGGUUGUCAUACCAGAUUUUAAUUAAAAUGGGUCAAAAGAUGAAUGAUGGUGGUGUUAUUGAGAAUUCUAGAGUUCCUGGUUUUGACUCUGAUGUUCCUAAUUCAUCAGCUUCAUUAACGGAAUUUUUCACAAUGGUUAGUGCUGGUUUAGCUGCGCAAAAUCCUCAUAUGAUUUCGGCCACAAUUACAGCAAUUUCUUGCUUAAUAUUUGAAUUUAAAGAUGUUUUGCCUACUGAUGUGUUAUUGGAAAUUGCAUCCACUGUUGAGCUAUUUUUAACUCAUAACUCACGUGAAAUUGCUAAAUCAGCUAUUGGAUUUGUCAAAGUUGAAGUAUUGUCUUUACCAGAAGAUAUGGUUAAACAAAAUUUGUCUGAAUUGUUGAGCAAAUUAAUGAGAUGGUCACAUGAACACAAAGGUCACUUCAAAUCUAAAGUUAAACAUAUUUUGGAAAGAUUAAUUAGAAAGUUUGGUGUUGAAGAAGUUGAAAGAUGUAUACCUGAAGAAGAUAAGAAAUUGGUUGCCAAUAUCAAAAAAUCUAGAAACAGAGCUAAGAGAAAACAAGAAGCUGAGGCUGAGGCUGAAGGUGAAGCUGCAUCCAAUCAUAAUUCAGAAAAGAAAUUUGUUUCUGCUUAUGAAGAAGCCUUGUAUGAUUCCGAUAUUUCUGAAGAUGAAGUUGAUAUUUAUGAUGAAGAUGCCAAUAGACAAAAGAAAGCUGGCAAGUCUAACCAAUUUAUAUUGGAAACUGGUGAUGAGCCAUUGAAUUUGUUGGAUAGACAAGCAUUAGCCCAUAUUUCAUCCUCCAAGCCAAAGAAAUUCACCAAACAAGACUUGCAGAAUAAAAAGGAAGAAUUUAAGACCAAGAAUGGUAAAUUGGUCUUUAAGGAAGAUAAUGAGGAAGAUCCAUUGGCUAAUAAGGGAUCAGGUAUUGAUGCUUACUUGGAUGCUGUUAAACAAGCUCCAAUUAGAGGUCAAAAGAAUAAAUUGAAAUUUAAAAGAUCGAGAAACGAAGAAGAUAAUUGGUCUGAUGAUGAUGCGGAAAGCUCUCCUGUUUUGAAAAAGGGUAAAACUUUAGGUAAAUCCAAGAUUUCUAAACCUAAACAGAAAUUUAAGGCAAAGAAGAAACUUUAG